CAAUGCACCGAAAAUGUCAGUUAGUUUUGCUUCCGAGUAACAUAGAAAUUGACGUUCGAGACACAUUUCAGCCGGCAAAACGUGAAUUAAUAGAUGGAAAACCCACAUUCAGUGUGUCACACGGAUUCGUCGUGAGUUGUUUGUGGUUUUAUAAGCUUCUUCAUACUUGCCAGGAUGGAUCUUGGUAAGGCAAAGCUCCUCAGAACUGGUCUCAACACUCUACAUCAAGCCAUCCACCCUGUGCACGGGAUAGCAUGGACGGACGGCAAGCAGGUCUGCCUGACUGCUCUCUAUUUCAUCAAUGGCGAGGUGAAGUUUGGGGACACCAAUGUCAUUGGGCAGUUUGAGCAUGUCUUCGGGCUCUUCUGGGGCCCACUCUGCUGCCCUGACUCCCCUGCCUUGCUGGCCGUUCAACACAAGAAACACGUUACUGUGUGGCAACUGCAGCUCAGUGCCCUUGAGCAGAACAAGCUACUGUGCACUCAGACCUGUGAGAUGAGUGAGCCUUUCCCCUUGCUGUCCCUAGGCUGUGUGUGGCAUCCUAAACUGGAUAUUCUGGCUGUACUGACCAAGAGGGACACUUCUGUGCUAUUUUCUGUCAGGGUGGAUAACAGGAGAACCAAAGCAGACAUCAAAGGUAGUGGACUUAUUCACUGUGCAUGCUGGACUAAGGAUGGCACGCGCCUGGUGGUGGCUAUCGGCAGUGCUCUUCACUCUUACAUCUGGAAUGACAUCCAAAAGAGUCUGGUAUCCUGCUCUUUCUGCCCCAUCUUUGAUGUGGGAGGCUACAUCUGUGCUAUCGAGGCCACGGGGGAGGGUCAGGUAGCUGUGGCUACAGAGCUGCCUCUGGAUAAAAUCUGCGGGUUAAAUGCCGGCAUGGCCUUUGACAUGCCGACAGAGACUGAGUCCCAGCAAGACCACGGUUCACAUGUGGUCAUGUCAGAUGAUGACAGCAUUCUGGACUCGCGAAGGAGAUCAUUUGAGUCCGAGAGGUGUUACAUCCCCAGUUCAGGCCCCCUAGACCUUACCCACAUAUUGGCAAGGCACCGUCGCUCAGAUCCCAGCCCCCUAAUUCACCUGCGUCGCCGAGACACCAUGACAGGCUCUGGCCAGGACUCUUCACACCUUAUCCUGGUCACCUAUGAGCGUAAAGUCACUACCACCCGCAAAGUCAGCAUCCCAGGGAUUUUGGUUCCAGACAUUGUGGCUUUUGACCCACGUUGCUCCACAGUUGCAGUGGCUUCCAACACUUGCAACAUGGUGCUUGUGUACUGCAUCACAGCCUCUGCCAUGCCAAACAUUCAGCAGAUCUCUCUGCAGACAAAUGACAGGCCCAAAGGAGUUUGCUUCCUCAAUGACAAGAUGCUGCUGUUGAUGGUGGGCAGGCAGAAGUCCAGUGAUCCUGCCUUCCUUCCAUCCUCUAACACAGAAAAAUAUAUUCUUCGUCUCUUUGCCAAAGAGUUGAUUUACGAUGGAGAGACUCCUACCGCACCAUCCCCCUCCGCCGCUCACAACCAUGAGUCCACUUCUAAUUUCUGCCCGAGGAUUAGGAGGCACUCAGAGCACCUAUCUAAGGAUGACAGGGAGCGCCCAGGGAUAAAGGACUUGGUGUUGCCUGGAGGGGGAGUAAUUCGUUCACCUGGAAGCAGGCGCAGGCUGGUGGAGGAGGUGAGGAGUGGCGAGCCCAGCCCCGUCACCAGCUCCGUGGACUUCUCUGACCGAGCGUCGGACAGGGCAGCAUCCAGUGCGUCUUCUGUCACCGUGGAAAAUUUUGAUAUGGAUCACGUCAACCGCAUGGCUAGCCUGGCGGUGGCCGGCCAGGCCAGCAGAGAUUCCAGCCGGGCCAGUUCCCCUCGACUCGAGCCGUCGGACAAGCUUCACACAGAGCCAACGCUGCCUAUGCCUGAAAAGACAUCUGGCCCUGCCAGGGAACGUUCCCUUGAGCAGCUCGUUCACAACAUGGAGAGGCUUUUUACACGCUUCGCAGAUGUGCAGCAGUGCUUGACUGAAAUCAGAGAUUAUACCCAGAAUGGGAAGAAGGCCCUGAGUGUCUACCCUAAUGCCUGUGAACCUCCUUAUGUCAAUGUCACAUGCCAGAAGCAGUUAUCAGAAAAUGUGUUCAUUGAUGAGCGGAGGCCAGUGCUGCUGUGUGAUGGGAAGCUGUGUCUGCGUGCACUCCAGGAGCUCUUCAACCUAACUAUUGUGGAGAUGAUGUAUGGUCCGUUGUGGAUUGUACUUGUGGCAGAUGCAGACGGCUUCGUGCCUCUGACGUUCAAGCCCAAAGAGGAACUCACAGUGCGGAACGGGAAGCGGAAAACUAACCUGCGGACUCCUGGGAGUCCAGAGAGCUCCUGCCCAUCCAGUCCAGCCCCCAGCCAAAACCCCAGCACAGCCACAGAGGCCUCCAUGUAGUGCCUCUCAACACAAACCUCAAUUUAUGGACCCUUGCAGUUGUUAUUUUGAUAUAUUUGACUGGAUCCAAAUAUGCAAGGCAGAGUGGAUGUGGCAUGAACAAAUAGAGCCUCACUAAUGCAGAUCAUCAGAGUUACAUGUCAAAUUUAUUUUUGUACUAAAAAAACAGUAGUGAUUUGAAAAGGCUUGCCUGUUGAAAUGUGAUGUUUACUUGUUGCUGCUUUGUAAUGAAAGGUUACCUGAAAGAAGUUUGAGCACUGAGCCACUGAAGGUUUUUUGCUUUUUCAGAUUUUUGUUGACAAAAUGCAGUGCAGCUGUUGAAGUCUAAUCCUUCGUUAAAGCAGGACACAAAUUGUAGUGCCAUGGCACAGUACUAACAUUUUGUAGUUGUCCUGAUGUCUUGGAACAAGAACAGAUAGAAGCUUAUAUGUGACAUGUUUUGUUUUGGUCUUCGUGUAUGAAAUUCAGUUUUCACCCAUUAAAUUUCUGGGUUAGCACUUCUAUGCUGAAUAGUCCCACUCAAAUGUUCCAAGUGUAAUUUGCUAUAUAACUCUAUGGAAAUAUGUAAAAUGAUGAGGAGAACACAGUUAAAGCACUUUUUUCAGAUGCAGUUAUGUUACGACAGACCGCUAGAGGGGAAAGACUCAACAGAAACUUUGUGGUUUUUGCUGUACGGUGUCAUUCGGGGUGUUAUAGAGGACCAAAUAAAUGGAAAAGUGAAAAGGAAAGGGCAGCUUUAUGAAAAUCA